GCAACUAGACAAUUUAUCAAAGAACUUGGCUAAUGCAUAUCUUACUCCUAUCACAUCCGCAUUUUAAUCAACUUUUGAAACUGCUUCCUGGAACCCCAAGAAAGCAAUGCUUUUUGUUGGACUGACACCACAGCCCUUAAAACUUGGUUAAAGUGUAGGGAAUGAAUAAACAGCCCAGCCCCAGUCGAUUAACAGAUGAUUGAUCGAUCACAUUCAACCGAUGCAACAAAUGACUAGAUUGCCUCAUUAGCCUCCCCCUCCCCAAACCAACCUUUUUACAUCUCGCUUCAUUCAAAGUUUGAACAGGCACCGCGCUGUGCAAAAUAAGGUUUAUCUUUGUGCGUGCGUGCGUGCGUGAGAAAGAAAGCAGCAACAAUAGUGGCAAAGAUUUUUCUUCAACCUUUUCCAUGGGAUUUCUCUCUCUCUCUCUCUCUCUCUCUCUCUGUUCUUUGGGGGGGGGGGAUCCCAAGGCUGGGUGGAAGGCUUCCGGCCGGUGUCCUCCCCCCCCCCUUUUCUGGGCUUGUUCCGCGUGCAAGGCAGAGGCGAUGCCGCUAGAGGGCUCUGGCCAUUGUCAAAAGCGAGAAAGAGAGAGAGAGCGCGAAGCGGCUGUUCUUUUCUUUGGCUGCCACCACCGUUGCUGCUGCUGCUACUGCGGCGCCCGCUGCCGCUGACGAUUUUGGGGGCUGAACUUCCCAGAGGCCAGAGCCUUCUGCAGAAGUGAAUGAUGUAUUUUGCUGAGAUACAGUGGGCCCUUCUGGACCCAUGCCAGAGACCUGUCUACAGGGACAUUGUGCAGGACAAUUUUGGGACUCUUCUGUCACUAGACGGAGGAACCAUGAAUACAAAUUCACAGCCGGGCGGGCCUGAGGGUAUGCAGAAGCAAGUCCAAGGGCGGCCUGAGGGCUCUGCCUAUGGGGGACAACCUUCAGCUGGGCAGCCGAGUGAAGAGGCAGGGAAAGGAUGGGUGAAGCCACCUCUUCUUCCUCCAGUGACAAAACACAAUGCCACCAUCCCACCCCAUGGAAUUCAUAUGGGGCCUGGUCCCAGCCUGUGCAUCCAGUGUGGAGAGAGCCUUGCCCAGACUCAGCAUAGCCUUGUCCAGACUCAGCAUAGCCUUGUCCAGACUCCGCAGAGCCUUGGCCAGACCCAGCAGAGUCUUUCCCACACUCAGCAGAGCCUUGCCCAGCCUAAGAGAUCUCGCUUCUCUGCUGAUAAGCAAUACCCCUGCUCCGAUUGUGGGAAAAGCUUUGGUGUCAGCUCCCACCUUACGAUUCAUCGGAGAACUCACACUGGUGAAAAGCCCUACGAGUGCAAUGACUGUGGAAAAAGUUUUAGCCAGAGCUCCACUCUUGUCCUCCACCGCCGCAUCCAUACAGGAGAGAAGCCGUACAAGUGCACCGAUUGUGGAAAGAGCUUUUCUGUUAGUUCCCAUCUGGCCAAACACCAACGAAUCCACACAGGAGAGAAACCGUAUGAGUGCCAGGUGUGUGGGAAAAGGUUCAGCCAGAGCUCCACCCUCAUUCUUCACCAGAGGAUCCAUACAGGGGAGAGGCCUUAUAAAUGUGAUGAAUGUGGCAAGACCUUCAGUGUCAGCUCACACCUCACCAUCCACCAGAGAAUCCACACAGGAGAGAAACCAUUCCGUUGCAUGGAAUGCGGGAAGAGUUUCCGACAAAGGUCUGGUCUUAGCACUCAUGAGAAAACUCACAUGAUGCUUGUGAGACCUUAUAAGUGCCCACCUUAGAACGUUAGACUCAUAAGCCUAUCUGCAAGUAUCACCAAAAUUCAACACACACACACACAGACACGCACACACACACUAACACUAAUAGUUGGAAGGGACCUUGGAGGUCUUCUAGU